GCCAGACCAGGCCCAAGAACAUACAGUACCUAUCUUAUCUCCCUUUCUCACCUCCCUGACGCCCUCAUCUACCACUUAGCAGCACCACCGCCAACAACAACAACCAUAUCGCCACCACCAUGCCCGACAUAGCACCCUACAAAUGGGACUCCCACUACGACUUCCCCCGUGACCUGGUCGGCUACGGGCCCGACCCACCCGCCGCGCCAUGGCCCAACAACGCGAAACUGGCGCUCUCGUUCGUGAUCAACUAUGAGGAAGGCGGCGAGAACAGCGUGCUGAACGGCGACCCGACGUCCGAGGCGGCGCUCUGGGAGUCGGCGGGCCGGUACCCGCCGCGGCAACAGCAGCGCGCCGUCAACGUCGAGAGCGACUACGAGUACGGAUCGCGCGUGGGCGUGUGGCGGAUCAUGGCGCUGUUUGAACGGCUCAAGUUCAAGUGGACGCUGUACGCGGUGGGGAAGGCGGUGGAGGCGAACCCGGAGGUCGCGAGGCGGACGGUGCGGAGCGGAGCGGAGGUCGCGAGCCACUGUUAUCGGUGGGUGAAUUAUGAGGAUAUGCCCGCCGAGCAGGAGAAGGAGAUGAUCCGGAAGGGCCUCGAGAGCCUGAAGGCCGUCACGGGCGAGUAUCCCGUCGGCUGGUACUACGGGCGGCUGUCGAGCCGGAGCCGGGCGCUGGUCUGGGACGUCUACGACGAGAUGGGCCUGCCGCUACUGUGGCAGAGUGAUAGCUACGGCGAUGACAUCCCCUACUGGGUUGACGUGCCCGUGGAGCAGGCCAUGGUGGCCGAGGGGAAGCGCAGCAAGGAAAACUGUGUCGGCAUGCUGAUGGUGCCGUACUCGUACGACGUGAAUGACUUCAAGUUCCACACGCCGACGGGCUUUGGUGGGCCGGGAGAUUUCUUCACGUACUUGAAGAAUGCCUUUGACGUGCUGUAUGAGGAGGGCCAGCAGGGGAAGCCGAAGAUGAUGACGGUCGGCCUGCAUUGCAGAAUCGUCGGCAAGCCCGGCCGGUUUGCCGAGCUGAAGCGGUUCUGUGAGUACGUGGCCGCGAAACAGGACGUGUGGGUGUGUACCAGGGGGGAGAUUGCACAGUGCUGGCGGGAAAACAGGCCAUACGAGGUCGGAAAGCUGUAG